AUGGAAUGGAAAGUGCUUUUCGUGAAAGCGAAAAGAGGUGUCAUCCUUGCAAGUGGUGGAUUCGGCAGGUCACCAGAAGCCCGAAAUUAUGUGCCACACGAAUGGUGCAUUCGCCUCGAGGCAAUGUCGGUGAUGGAAAGCGGAUUGGAAUUGAAAGUAGCGGUAAUGUUGGAAACAAAUACAGAGACAGUGCGAUUUCCGCCCCUAUAUCAAUCCUGCGACCCAAGAAGGGCCCUGUGCGGCGAUAUUCUCAUUUCGCGAUCGAUCGCUCGUAGCCAGGGCUCCAUCAUCGUGGGCCCAAAUGGCAAGCAGUUUGCAAACGAUUUCGAACCAUAUCAAGACUUUGCGGGAAUGAUGCAUAACAAGAGAAUCAAAAAAGCAUUCAUGAUUACCGACAAACAUUUCCUGCGCAAAUACGGAAAGGGUAAUAUAGCUUUGCCGAGGCCAUAUCCAAUCUUUCGUCUCCUGCGUCAAAGAUACCUUUCUCAAGCACCAACCAUCGCCUCGUUAAUGAUGUAA